AUGGCCGACGAGCCUUUCGCUAGUGUUAUUGUCACCUGGCGCUUCUUGGCCUGCACAGCAUGGCUUCUCCAGCACCGGAUGCUCGUCAAUCGAGGUUUUGUCCUCAGAAGAAGAGGAUUGUCCACCGACACUCUAGCCGUCCUCAUCGUCGGAGUUACGGCGACUAUGUGGUCUGCCUCUGUCCUGUUCGCAGUCCACAAGCAGUCUACGAAUUCCGGCCAUAUCUCCAUGGCGAACUCCAUUGCGCUAGCCGUAGAGGCGCCUAUCAUUGUUCAAAUCGCAUUCAUCGUCUGGCUCUGCAAAUGGACCGUCGCCAAGUUGGACGAGAGGCAUGAUCGUACCCCGCAUCUGUGGCGAUCUAUUCAAGUUCGUGGGCCCUUUGACUGGGAGACGGGGCUCGGGCCUCGUCUCUACGCGGGAUUAUGCGUCUCACUCUGCCUAGCCGUGGGGAUUUCGUCGGCGUCGGCCUUUGCAGCCGGCUUCAAUACGAUAUCCCCCGUUUUGAGCCUGGCAGGACUUGUCGUGUUUCUCUACGGCGGGGCCCCGAAGCAUCCUUACGGCGACGCAUCGCACGCCUACUCGGACGACACAUUGAGGAUUUCACUCCCGACGACGCAUCAUGAGGGGACAGUAUAUGUGCUCCCGAGUAGUUCACGUGGGUUUGACGCUGCCUGGUCCCCCAAGAUCGCGGAAGAGCACAAAGACGCUGACGCGGAAAUGAUGGUCUUGUUCGACCACAUGAGGGCUGGGCGCUGGCUGGUCAGCGAGCCGCUGCAGAGACUGCGGACCACGAUGGCUAGGUUUCGAGGACGAGUUUUUCUAUCCAAGGGCCAGGCCCAGCUGCUAGCGGCUUGGAUCCACGCCGAUAACCUCCCAGACCGCCCUCGUCGUAGCCUGCUCCUCUGCGCCCGGGCACCCGGGACGCAUCUCGUGGGCAGGGAUCUGAUGUAUGCGCUCUGCCAUGCAGAGUACCUUGUUUUCAUGUCCCAACGUGCACUGGAAAAAGACAUGAAGGAGAAGAUGGGCAGGCUGAGACUGCUCGCAAGAAGCGGUGCCGGGUCCUCCCAGUUAGACGCCCCCCCAGUGCAAACGAUCGGGUUCCGCCCUGGCCUGGAGGGUUACAGAGAAGCUGUUUCGCACAUAUACUCGAUAUUCGAUCUCCCCGCCGACCAAGAGGCCCUCGAGUUUCACGUACAGCCACCUUCGUUCUCGGUAGCACUGUCCAGCUCCCCCUCUUCCAUCGACGAGUAUGUCUCGGAGUUGUGGGAUCUCAGUACAGCCAACAGCGAGUCCACGUUCAGCGCGCUGUAUUUCUUCACUACAGUAUGGUUCAUGGAGAUGGGCAAUGUCAACGGGUUUAACAUUUUCCCACUGCGGUGCCAAGACACCCACGGGGACGUGGCCAGCCAGCAAAUGAUGUGGCGGCAAUUUUGGUAUUCGGCGUGCGUAGCGCAGCUAAUUUCCUGCGUCCCGAUACUAUUUGGUGCAUUUUCGUUUGGUCUGUUCCCUUGA